AUUUCACUCAGUUUUGUUAGUAAUUUGCCAAAGUUCAGUUCAUUUUCGAAGUUGACUUUGCGUCUUGCACAUAUUUGUGUGUAGAGUUCUGGUAAAUUUUAGUGAUUCAUGCUGUGGCAUAUAAGUUUUCGUGGUUAAAAGUUUCAGUUUGACAAAGUGUAUAUUUUUUAUUUAUUGUGGUAAAUAGUGAAUGCGUCGAAAAUGUUUGGGAAAGUUUUUAAGCAUACCAAAAGUGCAUUGACAUUGUUGCUGUUAUUUGGAUUUAUUGGAAUUACAAUUAUUGAAGCGCUGCAAUGUUAUGAUUGCUACGAUUGCGAAGAUGGUGAGGAUCUUAAUGAAAUGCAAAUAUGCGGUGAAUUGCCCAUAACGCCCACAAGACGUACAACAACAACAACAAUUAAAAGCACCACACAAUCGACAUUUAAUAAGAAUUCGACUACAACAACAACGAAUCCUUCAAAUAAUACAAGUGCGCCCGGAAAGGACGAUAUUGUUGUUGUGGCAAAUAAAACCACUUUACGUCCUGGUAAUCUUAUUAAUAAUAAUAAAACAACUACUACAACAACAACGAAAAAGACAACUAAAAAACCAGCGGAUGACAGCGAAGAGGAUGAGGAUGAUGGUGACGAUGAUUAUGAUGAUGACGAGCGAAGAUAUCGCCAUCGUCGCCACCAGCGUAUGUCGAGCCGAAUGGAUGAUGCCGUCUGCUAUGUGGUGCAAUUGAAAGUCAACGGCACCUCUAUCACGAAGCGUGGUUGCACUACAUUAUUGUAUGACGAUGACACCUGUAAAUCGCUUGCAUUCGGCAACGCCUUAGAAAAGUGUCAUCUAUGUGAAACGGACGGUUGCAAUAAAUUUACUGACGAUGAUGACUCAUGGGAGGUGCUAUGGAAUGCUGGUGGUAGUGUCAUUGCAUUACCCGUUUGGUUUAUAUUACCGUUAUUUAUUUUACUGACUUUAUUGAGAAAUUAAAUUUUAUUUAUUUAUUAAAAAAAU